GCAAGGUCUGGGUCGCCUUCUAUGCCUUCCGCCGCGACAUGGGCGCCAAAGCCUUUCGGGAUGUCCUGGAGACCCGGAUCUUUUUGAAUCCCGAAAACAAUGGGACCUGUGCAGAUUCUUACCUGGUCGGCACCUCCGGCUUUUGCUUCGGACUUCCGCCCAGCAGCAACUUUGUGAAUGGUCCAGCCAUAGAUCCUCCUCUUCUGCCGAAGAUCCUCGACGGCGCUCCGGACUGGCCUCCGGUGCCGGAUCCGCGAUACGCGCCGGAGCCAGCCAAAGAGUGGCCCGAUUUGACCUGGCUGCUCUACUUGGUUUGCAGCUUAGCCGUGGUGGCCCUUCUCCUGGGUGCCUUCUUGCUGCGCCGCCGGCGCCGCCUCGAAGAAGCCCGGCGGCUCAACGACGCGCAGGAGGUGGAGAUCGGAGGCGAGCUGUCCGUGAGAAGUCGUCACGUCACCAGGCUUGGUUUGCUUUGGACUGCUGUGGAAUUCUACAAGAUCUUAAGAGACGAGCCCAAAGAUGCCUUGCCCGGCUGGCAAGUCCUGGUGGUGGGAUUGCUCAUUCCAUUGGCCGGACUACAUGUCACCUACUUGUCAGUGCUCUCGCUGAUGAUGGGGUGCAAGCAUCGCUUCCUCUUCAUCUCCACACUGGCGGAAAGCGUGCUAGAGUCGGCCGUCUCUGCCUUCGUUCAGACCUACGCGCGGGACGUCCAGGGCAGCGAGCCCACGGGAGCCAACAGGCUUCGGCGUCCGGCUUCGAUUGACGCUCCAACACACACAGGUCCAAACAGGCCCACUCCGACCUCGAACUGGUACCAAGUAUUGGAUCGGAAGAUGGAAUGUCCCGGCCUUGGGUGA